AGACGAUGACAUACGACGCCCGUACUUUCGGAAGUAUACGUGUCGCACUAGCUAUUUUUUUCCGCUCCCCAUCUCGUACAUGAUUCUCACCUCUAUCGUCGUCUCGAAUGGAAGAUAACUAAAUAAGGUCAUGGACACGCUCUAUCCGAAUCUCUACGAGCGCUUCAAGACCGAGGGACUCUGUCCCAUCUGCCUCAUGGAAAUGGAACUCACGCCUCGGUACUCGUGCGUCAACGGGCACACCGUGUGCCAUCGUUGCAAGCCCUACUACUACGGCUGUCCCACAUGCAAGGCGCCCUUGGAUGUGGAGAUUCAGCCGCUACAGACAGACGCACUACCGCCGACACACUACAUGCCGCAUCCCAUGCCAUCGCGAUCGUACAACGAUCAUAAUCCCAGCGCGCCGUCGAUGAACGACUUCCUGGAUCGCGAGAAAAGGGCUUGGGAACCGCCCGUACCGUUGGAAAAUCAACAGCUCGAAUCGUGCUCGUUCUCUCAUCUAGGAUGCUGGGUGAAGAUACCGGAGCAUUUGCGCGUACUACAUGAGUCGAGGUGUCAGUUUCGACCGCAUUUGGAGGAGGAGCACAUGCCGACCGAUCUUCAUCACGGUCAUGAUGAUUUGGUAGAGUGCACGUAUACCGCAGCGGGUUGCAAGGUACAAACGGUGCCAUGGCGACGUAGCAUUCACGAAAAGUUUUGCAUCUAUAAAGACAGGUUCCAAGCCGUAAACGACAUCAGUGACGGUCUCGCGUCCGCAACGAUCGCCGAUAACGAUUACGGCGGCGAUCCCGACGAAUUGGUGCAGUGCAAGUUCGAGCGAUACGGCUGCAUGGUGAGAAUGCCGAGGAGACGGAAAUACGUGCACGAGCAGAAAUGCAACUACAAGAGCCAUCAAGAGGACGUAAGCGAUGGGUUCUUCGUUUAUCCCGCGCAGCCGGAAUUAGAUCCUGAGGAGCAAGUGGAAUGCAGAUGGUCCGUAUACGGUUGCCGAGUCAGGCCGAAGCGUUAUCGCAUGCAAAUCCACGAGAUUAAAUGUAAUUACAGGAUGGAAGAGUGCGCGUACAAGGAUUACGGAUGUAGCGCCAUAUUUACGCCAGCUAGAAAGUACGCUCAUGAGAACACUUGCGAAUAUGCUAAUUAGAUGUUUAGAUGUCUCUUAGAUAAAAUCUAAUUUCCGCGUAGAAUAGAUGUACAUUUGUUGGAAACGGCCGCAAAAAUAUUUUUUCCAUAUUUUUAAUGAUCUUUAAGAGAUAUCGAUCAAGAUGUAGUCUCACGAUGAAAUCUUCUUAAUUUUAGUGACGGGAAUAGCACAAAGAUAUACAAAUUGCCUUCGAGAGAAUCGAUUCAUAUAAUCGUUAUACGGAAUGCUAAUAAAAAAACGUACUCUUCACUUUAUGUUGCAACAAACGAGUAAUUAGAAUAUCAGUUGAAUAAAUUGACCUAACCCGUGGCAAUUAUAUUAAUCUGCAACAAAAACUGCGCGCGAGCAUGAAACUCGCACAGAGAUAACAACAAUUAACAACAACAAGGCAAAUCUAUCAAUAACCGCUGAGAAAUUCAAGUCUAUUUUACAAAACCCAUUAACAGCGAUUUCUCCAAGAACCCGUGGGAUAAUACACGGAAGAGGAUUAUUUUCUCUAUCUCUAUCUCUCUUUCUGUCCCGUUGCAAGAUAGCAAGACUAACGCCUGUCGGUCGGGGGAUCAUCUUGAGCAUGAUCGUCCGAAAUGAGGGGGUGAUGGCAUGGCUGGGAUAUCCAACACCUGCAGGCUAAUGGUGAAUCUCCCUGUGCGCCCACGAUCACAUGCCCCCAUCCCCCCCCCAUCUUCACUCGAUGAAACGACACCUACACGUUUAUAGCGCCCAUUUAUAACGCCGUGUGCAAAAGAUGGGAGCGGACUUCGUCUCGAUAUCUGAUGUCUCUAAAUGUUAGUCUCGAAGUCAAUAAAACGCGUCAGAAUCAAGCGUUAUGUAAUCUUAAAUUUUAUUAGAUCUAUUAAUGAUUAAAAGACAAAAGUAAAUUAUAUUGGAUUAUUAUAAAUAAUACGGCGUAACUAUUUGCUAUGAUAUUACAUAUCACUAUUGCAAUAUGUAAACUGGCAGUAUAAAGUAACAUUUAUUUAAUGUAGUAUUGGCAUAUGAGCAAAUAUUUAAAAAAGUCACAAAGUUCAACACUUGUGAAUAAAGAGCGCGGACAUAGAUUGAAAUCUAUUUCUCGUGCCAUGAAAAUCUCUGAUACUCCCAUGGGUGAAGGCGUACGCCUUCGUUCCUAAAUAAAUAUCGAAUGGACCGUGUCGCGAAAAAAUCUUGUCCGUCUGCAACGCGAGCGGUACGCCAUCUCAAUCUGGUCAGAACUUUAACAUUCAACGGCGGUCUGCUGGACAAAGGGACUGCAGGGACUGUUUUACAUAGUAAAGACCAAAAAGGAUCCCUACCUCUGACCAACGGAUGCCUUAAAGAGGAUACCGCAUCGUAUCCAAGUUCAUAGUCAUAUACAAAGAGAGAGUGCCAUCCUAAAUUAUAUUCAAAAACAAUAUCAAGAAAUGACUCUUAUUCAAGGCAAUGCCACCCCUCGAUCGCAAGCCUUUACCUUCUGUAAUUGCGUUUUUAUUCGCUGAUUUUUAAUUAACCGAUUUAUAAAAGGAUUGCGCAGCUUAAAGAAGAUAUUUCAGUACGACUAAUUUUGAUUUAAAACAUCUGCUGUUAUCUGCUUUAUGCACAUAAAUUCAUUUUACGAUUGUAUUUUACACAGAAUUUAGAUAUAACACAUUUAUGUAUACGUAAUCGGUUAUGAUUUUUAUUUUCCAAUAUACAUAAAAUAAUAUGCUCAUAUAAUCUCAUAUUUUUUUUCAUAACAGAUAACAGUAUUAUAGAAUCGAGGAAAUGCAUAUUAAAUUCCAUGUAUAAUAAAAAAAUGUAAAAAAGAUGUUCGCUUUCUAGUUCAAUAAAUCAGAAAAACCGCAUUAAUAUACGGAGAUUCGUUAUUUCUAUGUAAAACAGUAACGCGAAAGGAAAAGUUGACGACGGAUAAGGGAACAAUUAUCAGGCGGAAGUUAAUGGCUUUUUUUCUUCAUUAAAAUCUCUCUCGCAUAAAUUAAUCAGCUGAUCAGCGUUAGAUGAUGAAAGAUAAGAAGACGGCUGCCAGUCGCAUUUAAGAAGCUCGUUGGUAGGCAGAACGGAUACAGGCACGGCAAGCUAAAACCGACCGAUGGUGGGGUUGAACGAAGGAAUGGAAGGAGAAGAUGCGAGUAAAUUGCACCCUUGGGGACAAGCCUGACGAGUGACGCGAAGGACGCAACAAGCCAGAAGUCAGCCAACUUUAAUUAAGACGGCGUAGCAAGCAAGAUGUAGACACGAGACUUUAUAUAAGAACUCGAGUUUGUAAAAUUUCUUUGUUACCUGGGAAUUGUAGGACACGUAUCACAGGAGUGAAACACGAUAGUGUAAAGCACUUUGUUACUUAAGUUACAGAAUAUUUCAGACCUACAAAUUUAUUUUUUAUUUAAUUUACAGUUUUAUUCUUCAAUCCAAAGUAAAUCUUUAAGAAAUAUAUUAAGAG